AUGUCGGCCGACGGCAAGUGCCCGCUGAGCAUCGUUGACAUGCUGCUCAACGAUACGUCGACGCUUGACGUCUUCGACAAGCCGGCCCCGGACGGAGAAGCCGAGAGAGCCAUGAACUGGGACCUAGGCAAUGACAAUUUCCUCGACUCUCUGCUGAAAAUGGAGAACCUAAACGACUCGGAGCCGUUUGAGUUCUUGUCCAGCAACGAUGACUUCAUGUCGAGCGCGGCCACCACGCCGAGGUCCUACGACAACGCCGAGAGCAGUUCGUGCUCAGACAGCGGACUUUCAUCUGUGGAUAAUAUGCCAUUCAAUCCAAUAUCAGAAUCAUCUAAGUCUGAUGAUGCCGUGACUAAAAUGGACUUCAUAUAUGACUCUUUCGUCAAAGAGGAAAUAGUUGAUAUUGGUGAGGAGGAAGAAGAAAUUGAUGAGGAGGAAGAAGAAAUUGAUGAGGAGGAUGAAGACAUUGAUGAUGACAAAAAUCAAGAAAACGAUGAAGAAACUAACAAUAAAGAUAAUCAUAUUUUAGAAGAAAAACCUACUAUUAUUCAACAACCACAAUUAUUGAAAACUACACCUCGCACAGUAGUUAUAUCCCCUAAACAGUCCAAAGGGCCAAUUGCUAUUUCUAAAAAUUUGUCAAAACCUGUUUUUAUACCAAUAAAUUUAUCUAAUGUCAAAACAAUUAAGGUGGUUAAUCAGAAUGGUAAAACAAUCAAUGCUGAUGCAUUCAGACGAUUACAGUCUAUAAACAAUGGAAGAAGAAUAUUUGUGAGGAAUAAUGGUUCAAUGGUCUCAAAAUCCAUGCCUGCUUUAAAACAGACCAAAGUUGUGAUGUCUGAAUGCACAAGUGAUGAGUCCGAUUCUAUGUAUCCACGGCUUCAUUUAUCAAAUGAAGAAAGGAAAUUAAUGGAGAAGGAAGGAAUUAAAUUGCCAACACAUUAUCCCCUAACAAAACACGAAGAAAGAGAUUUAAAGCGAAUUCGUCGUAAAAUAAGAAACAAAAUAUCUGCCCAAGAUUCAAGAAAACGAAAGAAGGAAUAUGUUGACGGUCUUGAAGAAAGAGUCAAGCAAUGCUCUGAUGAUAAUAGCCAGCUUAUUAAAAAAGUAUGCACGCUUCAGACUGAAAAUGAACGAUUGAAAGCUGCUUUAAAACGUUUACAAAAUGCUAUCGCUCCAGGUGGUACAACAGCACAACCUGCCACAUGUCUGUUGGUUCUUAUGAUGUCAUUAGCUUUAAUAGCAGCACCUAAUUUGAGGCCUAUAGCAACUGACGAAAAAGACGUAAUGUCUAUAGAAGGCCAGGAGUCCAAUACAGCUGUUCCAGGUCGAUCGAGAAACUUGUUAUUCUCGAAAUCGGGAUCACCCUUGAGCACCACCAAUUUGAAGGAUAUGCUAAACAUGGUAGCAAAUGGAUCAUCAGCUGAUGGACAAAGUGAUACCAUUAUGGCCGAACUUGGCGAGCUAUUGGAUUUUAACAAUUUAUCUCGCAAUAAAGACCAUGAUUACUCCAGAACAUCAAUGGACGAUUAUUAUAUUCCCGAGUCUGAUGAUGGUUGGACCAAAGCUGAAAAACGCCCUGCUCCUUCUGAGUGGAUCAAUGAGCUAAUAACACCGGUUGUUAAGAGUAAACGAGAUACAGAGCGUGUGAUUCUUGUGUCUAGUGACUCUGAAUCUUAUUAA